CAAUGUUGAGCGAACCUAAUAGACUCUUACGAUUCUGAAUUGUUAUCAGUCUGCGACAACAUUCUGUGUGAUCGUGUAUCGAUGAUGAAUAAUAUAAAUUUUCACUCACACGUGUCCAAAUUGUUGGCUUUGUGUGUUAAACAAAAAAAAAAUGAAAAAUGAAAAAAGUGAUGAUGUAUCAGAUGCUUUGCUUAGUAAUACAGGCCGAAAGAGAAAACAGUCAUUGUCCGUUAUUAAACGAAGAAUAUACACAAAAAAAUGAUGAUAAUGAACACAGGUUCAUAUAGCAACGUUAUUUAAAUAGGACACAGUACGAAGCGCCGAUAACAAAACGUAUCAGUUCAGUACGUUUCCGAUCAUCCAAAGUGAGAGUCAUGAAAAGUAACGAGUCAGCUGUAAAACACUUUUCGCUAGCUGAAAGCUAUCAGCAAAAGGGAAAUUUUGCCCAAGCUUUGGAAAACUUCAACUUAUGUCUGUGUUACGCUCCAGCCAAGUCGAAAUUAAUUUUCGACUCGCUGACCAAUCGAUCGAAAAUUUAUUACAAAGUGAAACAAUACGGACGCGUUCUGGACAAUUUGAAUUGGGCGAAGGAAAUCAAAUCGAUGGAAAAUGGAUGUACCGAUCUGAUGGAAAUGUUGACCACUUGCAAAGAAGAGAUUUCACGUGGAACGACUGCAGCCAACGCGACGGAUUUCUUUCAAUUGACUUUGCCGAUAAACGAGAGGCUACCGUUUGUGUCUGCUUGUUUGGAAUUGAAACAAAAUGAAAUUUACGGCAGAUAUUUCACAACAAACAAGGACCUCAGUCCCGGUGACGUAAUCGUUGCGGAAGAACCGUUUUUCAAGGUCGUCGAUUCGACAGUGUGCCACCUACGGUGCUGUAUAUGCUGCUCAACUAAUUUGUACAGUCUGAUUCCGUGUGAUAAUUGUUCGGGAGCAAUGUUCUGCUCUUACGAAUGUAAAAGCUCUUCAAUCCAUGGACGAGAAUGUGAACCAGCCGGAAAACGUAUGGAUACGCUAGAGGAAUACAUGCUUCAACGGAUGUUCUACCAAGCAAUGGAAGUGUGUGGUGGAUCAAUGGAUGAAUUGAAGGCCUUGGUGUCGUCGGAAGCAGAGCACAAAACGAUUUUAGAUUUUGAUUUUCGUCACUGUACCGAUGACGUGAAUAAGAGGAAAAUCAUUUUGGCGGUGUCUGGAUUGGACAAGAGAGAUCCUGGAUCGACCGAAACAUAUUCAAGGUAUCAGAAAAUUAUCGAUCGUCUAUCCACUGAAACUGCAGCCACUGAUGACUUCCUGGAGAAUUAUCUUGUCAGAUGUCUGCAGAGUCUGACCGUCAAUUUUUUCCACUUCUUCUGGAGCGCAGUGAAUGAGGCCAAGCCGAAGGGCUUUCUGUUAUGCGCACUGUCAGCGUUUUUCUCCCAUUCUUGCGAUCCCAACGUGGAAAAAGUGGACGUGGACAAUAGGUUAGUGUUUGUGGCCAAAAGACCGAUCAAAGCUGGAGAGCAACUGAACAUGUGCUACGAUCGCUACAACUAUAUGCGGUAUUCGCUGGAUGAGCGACAGAGUUAUUUGAAUGAAGUCUACAAAUUUAAAUGCAACUGUGAUGCUUGUGCUAAUGACUAUGCGAAAUACAAUUUCACAUUUGACGACCAUCAGCUUGAUGUGGAGAAGGCUAAGGAAAAGUAUCGUAAAAACUGUGAAUAUAUCAAACAGAACAUGUCAACCUAUCCCUGCCAGACAAUUUGCAAUGUUAUGGAGGAAAAUGUAUUUUUAUUAAGCUAUAUUGGCAAUGGAAUGCAAUUUUGAUUUAGUCGCUAAAGGUCGUCAUAGUCGGGUAAUGUUAGUCGUUCAUUUUAAGGUUUUUCAUUAAAAAAUUUUUUUUUCCAAUUUUCUUACAAAUAAAAACUUUGUUGUUCAACGU